AUGCAGCCAUGGACCGGAGGUAGUUCCUUGUUCUGCGCUUUGCGGCCCUUGACUCGACCUGCUGUACGAUCAUUCACAACCACUUCCGUCCUUCAGCGAUCAAAGAAAUCAAGGAAGCCCGAUCCUCAACAUGGACACCCAGUGGCAGUUGGGAAAUCUCACAAGUCACUUUUCGGCCAACCCGUAGGAGCAGCCGUUCGACAAGAUAUUGCAGCCGCAAAGGGAUUCGCACAAGUGGUGGAAACAGCGCUACGUGAUCUACAGCACAAGCUGAAACAAACAGGAGAUUCACAGGAGGGGUGGGCCCAAUUCGAGCGUCAGAUCCUAACCGCGUGCAAAGCGGAUGAUUCCAAGUCGAAAAAUACCUGGGGUCCACUUCGGUCUACAAAGGUAGCGCUGCAGAAGGCAUACCUCGCCUCUGGGGCACAUGGUCUGCGGGAUGAGUUGCAAUACAUGCUUUACGCAGACAACCUCACUGCCAAGUUUUCGACACCCCUCUUGGAAGCGCAAAAACAAGUGACCGACCUUCGAUACCCAGCCGAAUGGUAUCCGCGCGCACGAUCGAUCCAACGAACAAUCCACCUCCACGUUGGGCCGACAAAUUCCGGAAAGACAUAUCAUGCUCUUCAACGGCUGAGAAACAGUAAAAAUGGCUUUUACGCAGGGCCAUUGAGAUUGCUCGCACAAGAAGUAUACCAUCGGUUCCAGUCAGAAGGAAUUCCGACUAGUCUUGUUACUGGAGACGACGUGAAGAUUCCCGAGAACGAUGUAGUACCGCGCAUUGUGAGCAACACGGUAGAGAUGGUCAGUCUAGGCCAGAACUACGAUGUUGGCGUUAUCGAUGAGAUCCAGAUGAUCGCCAAUUCCACCCGUGGAUGGGCGUGGACUCGGGCUUUCCUGGGAUGCCAGGCCGAAGAACUGCACGUGUGUGGUGAGACCCGUGCAGUGCCAUUGAUUCGGGAGCUUUGUGCGCUCACUGGAGAUCUUUUGGAAAUCCACCGCUAUGAUCGUCUGAACGGUCUGGAAGUGAUGCCACGCAGUCUGAAAGGUAACCUGCAUAACCUUCAGAAGGGUGACUGUGUUGUCGUCUUCUCCCGAAAGGGUAUCCACGCCAUGAAAGCGAACAUUGAGAAGACCACUGGAAGACGCGCAGCUAUCGUCUAUGGUGGUCUGCCAGCAGAGAUUCGGACGCAGCAGGCGAACUUAUUCAACGACCCGGACAAUGAUUAUGAUUUCCUCGUGGCAAGUGAUGCCAUUGGUAUGGGUCUUAACUUGAGCUGCAAGCGUAUUAUUUUCGACACCCUCGUCAAGCGUACUCCGACUGGCCUUCAACGGCUUACCGUGCCUGAGAUCAAACAGAUUGGCGGACGUGCUGGUAGAUACCGCCCAGCCAAUGCCAAAGAAGGAAGUGAUGACGGAGCCAAUGUGGGAUAUAUCACUUGCAUUGAAGAAGUCGAUCUUCCAUAUAUUCAACAAGCCCUAAAAUUGGAGCCUCCGCCAUUGAGUGCGGCUGGAAUUCUCCCUGCAGAUACCGUCUUCCAGAAGCUCGCUGCUUACUUCCCGACUGGUAUCCCUUUCGAAUAUCUAAUCAAGCGAGUCUUGGAACUUUCUCAAGUCAGCCCUUUGUUUUUCAUGUGCGACCCCAAAGGUCAACUGGAGAACGCUGAAAUCAUCGACACGGUGAGAGGACUGCAGAUCGAGGACCAGCUGAAAUUCAUGGCUUCUCCAAUGGACCACAAAGAUGACAGCUCGCGAGAUGUCACGGGUGCCUUUGCGGACUGCGUGUCUAAUAAUGAGAGUGGACGACUGUUGGAUAUUCCCCAUCUCAACCUGGAAAUCAUUGAACAGCCUGUUUCCGGAAGCAACGAGUAUUUGCGUGAGCUGGAGAGUCUCCACAAGGCCCUCAUUCUGUACCUGUGGUUGAGUUUCCGAUUCGGUGGUGUCUUCACUGAUCGAACUCUCGCCAGUCAUGUCAAGGAACUUGUCGAGGAGCGCAUGGUUCGUGCAUUGACUGAAUUCUCCGCCAACAAGAAGAUCCGGAAGGGUGCUUCCCUGAAGCGACAGAUUGCGCUGCAGAAGCAGUUGCUGGAACAGGAACGUCUUGGUGUUAACAAGGACUGGCUCUCCCGUCCCAGCGGUGAAGGAGAGGACGUUCAAUUUAAUCUGCCCCAAGAGGAUGCUUCGGAGACCGCAUCCCCCGACGAGGAGAGCACCUCGGGUAUGCAAGACUUGCCGACUGAGAGUGAAUCUCACAAGGAGUGA